AUGGGUAAGUUGGAUUGGAUUUGUUCUCAUUCUGCGGCCUGUUAAGUCUUUUGGGGUUACCAACCGGUCUAAUAUUUUUUCUUUCAAAACGUUGAAAAAAAUCAGUUCAAAAAAACAGAUAUUUAUAAAAAAAAAAAAAUAAAAAAAGUGUUGUAAUAUUUGUUUUGGGUGUGCCUAUUUUUUAUUUUAUUUCCAGCCUUUUUGACCGACGCUUUUCCCAAUCCAAAGCCUGUCGGUUUCGAGCAUGAUUACACUCCCAAGUACGCCAAAUACGUGUAAGCUACAUCUUAUUUUUUAUUUUUUUCAUGGUCCAUGCAGAUUUUAAUUGUUUUAGUAUCAAGCAUUACUGCCAGUACAUCAAGCGUCUCCCUGGGAAGAAACUCAAAUUGACUGAAGGGUAAUUUUAUCAUCAAAUUUGGCGAUUGUUUAUUGUUUUUUUUUGUAAUCGAUUUUUAGUAUUUUUCAAAGUUUUUUUCGUUUUUUUGAAGUGAAAUGUAAUUUUUGAAUAUAACUUCUUUUAAUAAAAUGAUUUUUUUCAGAAACUUCCAUGCCCCUGGCCCAUUUCGCCCGGAUGAGCUCUUGGAUCCGGAUAAAGAAGUCUUGAAAGAGAUCUGCAAAAAAUGGGAGGAAACCGGGCGCAGCUGGAACCCUAACAGUAAGCGUAAUAUUCCAUUUUUUGUCUUGUACUACUCUUUUUAACACAUUUUAUUUAAAUUUUUAAGCAAUGUACGAUGCUUGA